AAGUUAAAACCCUCUUUCGCUUCCCCGUGUCUUGUCACCUCACUUCACACUUGGACACUCUCCUCCUUUUCUCCAACAACCAUGACAUUCUCGUCUUCUUAAAGCCAUCCAUCUGUUCAACAAUACCAUCGAUUAAUGGAGAAAAAAUUCCUUGAUUACACGUUGGUUCCACUGGGACUGGCUAUAAUGGUGGCAUAUCACAUAUGGCUUCUCUAUCGAAUCAUCAACCACCCUUCUAAGACUGUUAUAGGCGUCAAUACUAUCAACCGCCGCUUCUGGGUUCAGGCCAUGAUGGAAGACUCGGCCAAGAAUGGAGUUCUUGCUGUGCAGACUCUACGAAACAAUAUAAUGGCAUCAACCCUUCUGGCAUCCACGGCCAUCAUGCUCAGCUCUGUUAUUGCAGUGCUCAUGACCAGUGUCACCAAGGGUGAUCGAUCUGCUUGGAAUUUUGAGUAUGGGGAUACAAGUGAGUUGGGAUUGUCCGUCAAGUUCUUCUCUAUAUUGGUAUGUUUCUUGGUGGCUUUCUUGCUGAACGUGCAAUCCAUUAGGUAUUAUAGCCAUGCAAGCAUCCUUAUUAACGUACCCUUCAAGAAUUUGUUAGCUGAUCACAACCACCACCAUCUCACGGCGGAGUAUGUGGCUAGGUCUGUUAAUAGGGGUAGCUAUUUUUGGUCUUUAGGACUACGUGCCUUCUACUUAUCUUUCCCUCUGUUUUUGUGGAUCUUUGGGCCUAUUCCUAUGUUUUUGUGUUGUUUUGUCCUGGUUUUCAUGCUUUAUUUUCUGGAUGUUACUUUUGAAUGUAGCUGGGCUGUUUGUGAUCGCCAUGACGAGAAAUUUAGGACCCAAAAUAAAAUUUGAUUUUUCUCACUGGAUAUAUGACUAGAUACUAG